GAGCUCGGCACAGUAGGGGAACCAAGGCAGGCACAGAGCAUGAGGCUCUGGCUUGGGACUUGGAAGGGUGACACAGCACCACAGCUGUCUGGGGACAGAGAGGGCCCGCUGUCCACAGCGCUCUGGUCACCAAAUUCUCUCCUUGCAGAUGAAUCUCCUAGCCCAGGUAACGAGGGAGCCAGCAAGGAGGGCACCCACAUCCAGGUGGACCCAUCCCUCUGCCACGGCACCUGGUGCCCAUGGACCCAGCAUCUAGGACCUGCCCAGUGCUGAGUCUGAGGGCGCAGGGGGUCCUGGAAGGUUUCUGGGGGUGGGUGGCAACAGAGGUGGGUGCUGGCAAGAAAGGAAGAAUAGACACUACCAGUGCUGGAUGCAAGCUGGGAUGGGUGCUACCUCGGGUGAGUGCCAACAGGGGUGAGAGGCAGUGGGAGUGGGUGCCAGCAAAGGAUGGGUGCCAGCCGAGAGAGAUGAUACCAGGUUUUGGUGCUAGUAAAGACUGGUGCUAACAGCGGUUGGUUGUAGCAGAGAUGGGUGUUAACAGGAGUGAGUGCUAGCUAAGACAGGUGCUAACAGGUGCAGGCUCUAGGAGAGGAUGGGUGCUGGCAAAGGAUGGGUCCCUGGUGUGCUCUGCCCCCUCUCCCCACAGGUGAGCAGCCUGGUGCAGACCUUGCAAGUCCCGGACUGGCCAUUCCUUCAGCCCUGGCGCUGGCUGGGCUCCUGGGUGGGCAGCUCCAGGCAGGCAGCAGCUGGGGUGGUGAGCACAGCGGCGUUCUUCCUCUGCGAGGAGCUGCUGGGCCAGCACUUCGAUGUGGUCCCGGAAGGGGUGGCCGAGCCUCAGCCCGGGGACCUCUUUCUCUUUCCCCUGGCCUUGGGGGGGGCCGGCUGGUGGGGAGCACAUGCUGGUGUCUACUGUGGUGACGGGGAGAUCAUCCACCUGGAAGGUGAGUCCCAGGAAGUGGUCAUGGUGUUGGAAUGUCCCUAUGAAAGAGACAGAAAGUACAGCCACCCCUCUGACCUACAGGCAGUUCAGGGACAUCUCCAUCAGGUAUUGUGGCCAAGCACGGCAAGAACCACCUCCUGCGGAUGCGGGGUGCAGCCAAGGUGCUGCGGAGGAAGGAAGGGUUGGAUGUGGCCACCCUGCAGCACCGGAUCCGGAUGGCCAUGGACCAGGCAGUGGAGUACGACGCCAUCACCUACAACUGCGUCCACUUUGCCCUCGCCCUGCUGGGGCUGGGCCAGCUCGCCGGUGCCACGGUGUCCCCAGCACUGCAGUGAUGGAGGCAGUGAUGUGCACAGGGGACAGCCAGGGCUGGAGCACCCUUCCCCGGGAACUGGAGGAUUCUUCCAUGGGGGAGCAGCCUUGUGCUGGUGGCUUUGGAAUCCCUCUCACAUAGCAAUACAUGGUUGCAGCCAGACCCUGUGCCAAUUCUGUUUGCUAUCUGUUGUUUUCGCUUUUGCUUUCUCUUGCCCAGAAGGAAGCUCCUUUCCCCAAAACCACCCAUAAAGGACAUCCAAGUCCUGGUGCCACCACCCUUUCCUGCCUCCCUCAAAGGGAGCCACCGCUCUUGGCUUCCUGAGGCAAGCAGAUGCCUCUUUUGCUGCUGCCAUUUGGUUUGGAGCCUCAGAAUAAAUAAGUCUCUGGGCUGCUGGCUUGGAAACUGGCCAAGCAGCUGUGACAAGUGUGGCUGGAGCUCAGUCAUCAGCGUUGGCCCCCGAGGACCCUUACUGACUCCAGGCUGGGGUGCAGGAAGGUCUCUCAGAGGUGGGUGGGAGGUCGCUGCAUGCCAUGCAUUCCUGGAGAAUCCAGCUCCUCUGGCUCAAGAGCAUUUCCAGGAUCUCCCACAUUUCCAGGAUCUCCAGUGUUGCGGCCAUCCUUUCCUAAGCUUCAUAUUUAAGGUCGAAUUAGCAAAUUAACCCAAUCUCUGAGAAGCGGAAAAACUCAUCCAGGGGUUUCCUGGGUUUUGUUCUGAUUUUUGGGUUUGCCCUCAGCCUUCCUCGGCCUCUUGUGUACAUCAGAAGAGAUGCGAGGGAAGAUUUGGCACUGGCACUGGUCUGUGAGCAGUGGCGACAGCAGUGGGGACAGUAGUGGGCACAACUAAGAUCCCUGCACAUGCACAGCUUUCUCUUGCAAGUUGAAAUGUCGAAUGAAGGAGCACGUUGCCGUGGCAGUGGGGCUGUGACUGUCCCCAGUGUCAGCCCUGUCCAGGAGAGCUGUAGGGUUCCCCAGGAGGGCUGGAGUCUCCAGGAGAGGUGUAGGCCCUUGGGAAGGCUGGGUUCUUUGGGAGGGCGGUGGUACGCAAGUGGGCUGGGGUAAUUGUGAGGACCGUGGGGUCCGUAGAAUGGCUGGGUUCCCAGAAGAGAUGAGGAUUCUGGGAGGGCUAGCAUCCCCCAAAACGUGUGGUCUUACCAGGGAUCUGGAGUCCCCAGGAAGGCCCUAAUCCCAGGCAGGGCUGGGAUCCCCAAGCAAUCUGUGGGUCUGGGGAG